GUGUGUAGCUUAUUAUUUAUUGUUUAGACUUCUCUGUGCAAUAGAUUGCUAAUUAUUUAAAAUGUCGUUCAAUAAAGCAGUUCAAGAUAACAGAGAUAAAGAAAUCAGCCUUUCACAAAAGGAACUUUUGUUGGUGCGUCUCUCAAAUCAUAUAGAACAAGCUCAAGUUGACAGUCCUGCUUUUAUGUUAUCUAGUUUAGCACAGAGAGGUAGUGAAGAGCUUGUUGCUGAAUUUUUUGGUGAUCAACCGUUUAUGGAUUCUUCAUCAUUAGAAAAUUUCAUGCAAUCUCAACUUUAUGUCUGUACUUUCUGGGGACUUCAUGAUAUCGCCAAAAUAUUGCUCGAUAAUAAAGCAGAUCCAAAUUUUAAAAAUGCGAAAACGCUGUGGACGCCAUUACAUGCUGCUGCUUUUCAAGAUCACGGAAGGGUUGUAAUGUUAUUAUUGGAAUAUGGUGCAAAUCCAACGAGUGAAGAUUAUAAAGGACGAACACCUGCUGAUUUUGCAUCUGCAUCAGAUAAAAUUUGGUCUCAUUUUGAUAUUAUGAACAUUUCAAGAACCUCAAAGCAAGAUCUUAUAAAGAAAAAUAUUCUAAGAGGAAAUCAAGAUACAUUGCCAGAAAACAGUGUUAGUAGUAACAAACAUGAAAUAGAAAAAACUACAUCCACAGGAAUAAAGCUGGCUGAUUAUUCAUCACCUUCUAACCAUUCGGCAGAGCAAAGAACAGUGAACUAUGUUACUCCACUACCAAUAUCAUCACAGCGAUCACGCUCAGUGAGAACCAAUGCUUCUACACCUGAUAAUUCAAUUUAUGAAAACUCUUUGUUUGAUUCUACAACUCUUCCCUUGUCGCGACCAGAGAGUCAAAUAAAUGACAUAUUUGGAAGUGGAAGUUCUACAACAAGAUCAUCAGUCAUGACAUCAUCCAACACCAGUAGAAGAUCUUCUCGCACAAACAAUUCUUCUGCAAAUAUGUCUAGUAUUUUAACCUGGGAUUAGACUGAUACAAUUGAAGCUUUGUGCCUCAUACGGGAUCAUCCAUGUUGAUCUUUGCCUGGCUUAAUUGUUGGAUAACUUCGUAACCAGAUCGCCAACAUAACGAAUUGUGAGCAGUUAAUUGAUCAAUGGCCCAUCAAAAAUCCUCUUAAGAUUUUAUUUGUACAUUUGUUCACAUUUAAUGUCAUGUUUCCCCACACGCAUAAGUACUAAACCCGAUAUGUCAUGUAACUUAUUCGUUUCUUGUUAAAGAGAUAGUUAUUUUAUUUUUAUAAUUCAAACUUAAUUCUUCAAAACAUUUUUGAACAUGUAUUUACAUAAUAUAUCACUGUGAUACUUGUUGGUGCAUUGAUUUUUUUUUUUGUCAAAACAAAUAUUAUUUUGGUACAGAAUUAUUUAUUGCUCAGCAGACAUAGUCAAAUAUUCAUAGAACUACUAGUGGCAACUACUCGAAGACUGAAUUAUACUUCAGGAGAUUUUAAUUGGGAAUUGAUCAUGUAGCAACUAUUGUUGCGAGUAAUGCCACAUGCAGUGCCCGCAUCAAAAACCAGCACAGACAUUUCUCAUAGAAAGAAGGCAGUGAUAUAUUUCUUAUUCAAAACUACUUGUCACCGGAACGAGUUAUAAAACUGAAUUGUUAUGUUCUUCCUGUAACAAUUAAGAAUUUGAGUACACAGUUUAUAUAAUAAAAAAUAAAUAAGUUUAUUUCGACUCCAUAAUCAGCAUAAUAGAGUGAAUAGACGAUAAAAUAAUUGAUAAAACUGAUUAAGAAUCGGAAGAGCAAACAAAACCUCAAGUAAGGUUUAAACUUAAGAGCGUAUAGAUUUUAGAUGGAAAGGUACGUGUUCACAUACGUAUGUAUAGUAUGAAGUAUUAUAACUUUUCGAUGUACUAGCGAUUCCUAAGAUAAUAUAGGUUCCAAGGGUAUGUUAGUCGUUGGUUCCAAGUGAGAAUAUAUUU